AUGGAAUCAUCGAGGAUAUUCGUCAAGAACCUGCCUCCAACCAUCACUGAGGCAGAGUUUCGCAAACACUUCUCCUCGAAAGGUCGAGAGGUCACCGACAUCAAGCUCAUCCCCAAAAGACGGAUUGGUUAUGUCGGCUACCGAAGCCCACAAGAUGCCGCAAAUGCCGUCAAGUACUUCAACCGCUCGUAUAUCCGCAUGUCCCGGGUUGCGGUCGAGCCUGCAAGACCUAUAUCGGAUCCAGAGCUACCCAGUGCCCAGAAGGUGAAGCUAGGAGCCUCGAAUAUAUCUGAACCCAAACAAGAGGAGCCCAUAACACCACCAAGGGAUGAGGCCAAAACCCAGAACCAGAAGCGGAAGCGGCAUGAGCUCGACGAGGCAGAUCCGAAACUUCAGGAGUUCCUCGAGGUUAUGGACCCUGACCGGGUUUUAAAGAGGGCACGUGGUGAUGAUGUCCUGCCAACUGAGGGGCAGACCAACGCUGCGCAGCCUCUCGGACAUGAGAGCGAGAGCGAUGAUGAGUAUGAGGCCAUCCCGGCAAAGACAUCUAAACCGCCGGUGCCGCCAGAGACAGAUGAUAUUCGCGAGGACGUCGACGUGACCCUUGCGGACACUUCUCUACAAGACCUACAGACGCCUCCUGAGGCCGACGAGGGACCCCGCAAUACCGAUGCCACUGAUGACGAAUGGCUUCGGUCACGGACGAAUCGAUUGCUAGACCUAGUCGACCCUGACGACCCGGCAUUUGCCGAGCGAACGGUUCCCGUCGUGGGGUCUCAGAAGAAAAUUCCAGUUGCCAGCGGCGGGCCGAAUGAAAAGACCGCGGAAGAUCAAAUACUUGUCCAGGAGGCUCUUCAACUCGAACCAGCGGGGCCUCAGGAGGGAGAUAACCCCGUGGAGUGGAUUAAGAAAUCAAGUCGGCUCUUUGUGAGGAACCUCCCUUACACUGCGACGGAGGACGAUCUCAGGACUCACUUCGGCAAGUUCGGUUCUCUUGAAGAGGUACAUCUCCCGGUAGACAGCCGAGGCAAGAGCAAGGGCUUUGCCUUGGUUCUCUACGGUGACUCGUCAGCUGCCUUGGCUGCAUUCCAGGCAGCAGACAGGUCCCCCUUUCAGGGCAGGAUUAUCCACAUCCUUCCGGCAGCUGCAAAAAAGGAAGACAAACUAGACGAGUUUGCACUGUCCAAACUACCCCUGAAAAAACAGAACCUUGUACGGAAAAGGGCCGAAGCAGCGUCUAGCACCUUCAACUGGAAUUCUCUCUAUAUGAACCAAGAUGCAGUCAACACGUCUAUGGCCGAACGCCUUGGUGUGGCAAAGUCGGAGCUCCUCGAUCCCACCUCGGCCGAUGCUAUGGUGAGACAGGCGAUCGCCGAGACCUCCAUCAUCCAGGAGACCAAGGCCUACUUCGCCGCCAAUGGGGUGGAUCUCAACGCCUUCAAGUCACAACAGCGAGGGGAUACCGCGAUUCUGGUCAAGAACUUCCCAUUCGGAACGACCAUCGAUGAACUGAGGAAGAUGUUUGAGGAGUUUGGAACCGUGCUGCGAGUGCUGAUGCCCCCGAGCGGGACAAUAGCCAUUGUCCAGUUUGUGCAGCCUACUCAGGCCAAGGUCGCGUUUGCAAGGCUGGCAUAUAGGCGAGUCAAGGAGUCUGUCCUAUUUCUCGAGAAGGCCCCCAAGAAUAUCUUUGGGGAGGCCAAAGUGACGCCGACACUGCCCGAGGAGGCUCGCCCUGCUGCUGCUGUUCAGCAGAAGCUCUCGGUUACUGAACUGCUAGCACAUGAUGAUGCCGCUCCAGAUCAGCCGGAAAGCAGCUCUCUGUUCGUCCGCAAUCUCAGCUUCAAGACAACAACUGAGCAACUGGCUGAAACCUUCAAGCCACUGGAUGGAUUUGUCUCGGCUCGCGUCAAGACCAAGGUGGAUCCCAAGAAGCCUGGACAGAUCCUCAGUAUGGGAUUCGGCUUUGUUGAGUUCCGCAGCAAGGAACAGGCCCAGGCUGCUCUAAAGGUCAUGGAUGGCCACGUCCUCCAAGGCCACGCCCUCGCCGUGAAAGCGUCACAUAGAGGGCUAGAUGCGGCCGAGGAGAGGAGGCGGGAAGACGUGGCCAAGAAGGCGGCCGGACAUCGGACCAAGAUCGUCAUCAAGAACUUGCCGUUCGAGGCGUCCAAGAAGGAUGUGCGGGCACUCUUUGGCACCUACGGCCAAUUACGGGCCGUCCGGGUGCCAAAGAAGUUCAACUCGUCAGCGCGGGGCUUUGCCUUUGCCGAGUUCACGACGGCGCGCGAGGCGGAGAACGCGCUCAACGCACUCAAGGACACGCAUCUCCUUGGGCGGCGGCUUGUGCUUGAUUUCGCUGAAGCGGAAACCGUCGAUCCUGAGGAGGAGAUCGCCAAGAUGCAGAAGAAAAUAGGGGGGCAGGUCAAUAAGAUGACCCUUCAGCAGCUCACAGGGAGGGGCAGGCAAAAGGUCAAUAUUGGCGACGAGGAGGAUGAUGAGUUGCAGACCUUGUUCCUGGGCUCGGAGGGUGAGGCCUCUGUCAUUCUCUUCGAUUCCUACCCACCGUCGCUACCGUCCAUGAUGGAGUCCCGCGUAAGGCAUCCAGUGCCCCAGUCGCGAUGCUAUCCCCUCGAGUACGGCUAUGAGGGUCGCUAUAGCCUCCCCACCGUCCGGCAACCUCUCCAGGAAUCGACUGGCAAUGCCCAGCACGGGAACCUGCCUGCUUCCAGGCCGUCCUAUGCCCAACACCUAGAUGUCUUCAACAACAUAGUCCGGCCAUCGAUCCAUACACCUCCCAUCAUCCCAACCCAGAGCCUGCCUUCGGUCUACUCUUCCUCACCAUCUCCCUCCAGCUACCACAGGAUACAGCAGUGCGGCCAAUUCCAGCAGCAGCAGAAUCCGUGCAGGAGGCCCGGCAUCAACCCGCUAUGCCUGUCGCGCCAGUUCCAGCAGUACAGGACGAAGCAGGCGCAGAAAGAGGACAAGUCGGACCAGACAUGGCCGGACGUGCUCGAGGACGCGUUCCUAGAUGCGCUCCUACUCAUCCCCCAUAUGGGAAGGAAGAAGUACGGGAUGAACCAGAAGCAGUGCGGGCGUAACAUGUUGAUCACAGACUAUCUCUGGAUCGCAUAUUGCGAGAGCCUACCCCCGGGGACACUCCCGGAUCCGAAGAUGAAGAGGCACAGGAAGCAGGUCUCAAGCCACAUCCAGGUGCUCAAGGGUUUCUUCAGGCACCAUCCAAUGUACCACAUCUUCUUCAGCAAGGAAGAGAAAAGGGACGACAAGGCCAGAGACACCGUCGAGACGGGGUCGCUGAAGGACCAUCCCGUGCUGCGGGCCCUCGCCGAGGGCCGGCUGCCGGACGAGCGGCCCAACUACGACUACUUCGCGCAGCUGCUCGCCUUCGAGUCCCAGAUCACAGUGAAGCCGAAGCGGUGCUGGAUCUUUGUGGCGCACAACGACGUGGCCGUGCGGGCUGACGGCAGCGGGUACAACCCUGCGACGGGCGAGGAGCUGUCCGAGGAUGACUACCCGCACCUGCGCGAGAACCUCGUCAAGGACUCGUGGCCACGCGAGGACAAGGCCAUGCUGCCCGGCACGCUGCUGCACCGCUUCACCAAGAUGCUGGAGCAGGUCGAGAGCAGCUCGGUGCGCGAGAUCGGCGCGCAGUGGGCCGCCGACUUCCCUGAGCUGGCCACCCGCCUCGAGGCCGCCACCGCGGGCGACGGCGGCGGCACCGAUGGCCGCGCCUGCUGCGACAUCCUACACAUGCACCUGACCCUCGAGAUGCAGCGCCGCCGCCACUUCCCGGCCCAGUCGGAGCUCAACAGCUGGGUCGAGAUCAACGUCGAGCAGCCGCGCCUGCUGAACCACCGGUGGAAGGUGGUGACGCGGCUGGCCAGGCCCGCCGAGCUGAGCCGCGGCGGCAGCGGCAGCGGUGGCAGCAGCAACACCGGCGGGACACUCUACGAGACCUCGGCCGAGAUGGGCGUCCAGUACGUCCACCAGCCGAGGUGCGAGGGCCCCAUCUCCGGGCAGGCGUGCGACUGCAUCGGCCAGAGCCAGCGGCAGGUGGUCAGCGUGCCGUUUCCCGCGGACGUGUGGGCUCGCACCCUCACCAACUGCGCUGAAUACCCAGCGCACCCCCUCGUCCUGGAGCGCCCGGCCGCCACGGAUGCCCGGGACGCCACCGGUAAGGGGGCUGAGUACGGCGAGCAUGAGGAGCGGGGCAUCAAGUCCAAGAUCAAGAGGCACCUCACACAGAUGGAGCUGGUGCCCAAGAUCGCCAUGUUCCAGGAGGUGUGGUCAUGCCCGCCGGGGUCGCAGGACAACAUGGACACCUUCGGGGCGUCGCAAAACGAGCCCCGCAGGCGGACCGGCGCGAACAGGUGGAAGCGCCGGGCGGUGCUCCUGUGGACGUUCGAGACGGUCCACAGCGUCAGCUACACUAUGAGGGGUAAGAACGAGCUGGUGACCGCGCCCGAGGGCAAGGGCCAGUGGCGGUUCCUGACCACCCUCGACCCCACCUCGCAGUCCCACCAGAAGCAGUCGCUCCUGAGCCCCGGCGUGAUCCCCGGCUCCGGCAUGCCGACCGCCAUCCAGCACCAUCAUCAGCACCACCAGCACCACCAGCACCUCGCCCGCGACGCCGUCAUGUCGCCCACGCCCAGCUACCAGCAGCACCUGAGCGCGAGCAUGAGCGAGAACUUCGCCCUGGCCUGGGAAGCCACGUCGGGCGGCUCCAUGCCCACGUACCCGAGCGCCGUCUUCCCGCACGGCCUCGGCCAGCCCUCCUCCCACCACGGGGCACAGGGCCUAUAUCAACAGCCCGCCGCCGCCACCACCACGACCGGCGCCCCCGUCCAGAGCGCCCUCGACUCCUUCUCCAGCCACGGCGGUCUCGCGACCCCGCCGCCCACGGCCUCGCUUGCCGGAUCGUUCACACACCACCAACACCACCAACACCAACACCACCAACACCACCAACACCAACACCACGGCUUCGGCGCCGCGCAGCACAACGCCCACAGCGGCGCCGCCCCCGGCAGCGACCAGGCGGCGCUGGGCUUUAUGACGGCCGUGACGUCGGCCGGGAUGGACGGCGGCAACGCGCUUGUCGCCGGCCCGGCGUCGGUCGCGGACCAGUUCCUGAGCGCCGCGGCGGAGAGUGGCGGGUUCGGUGUUAGUGUCGGUGUGUACGACGAUGUCGUCGGUGGCGGUGGUGGCGGCGGCGGCGGCGGCCCGCUACAGGGCUGGGAUAUGUCCGGCAUGCCGGCGAUGGAUGCGCGCUUGGUCGGCGGUCACCACCAGCACCAGCACCACCAACAGCAGCAGUGGUCGCCCAACUAUCCGCCUACGACAAGUGCCUCGGCCGCGGCCGCGGGGGUGCUUGACUGGGCGGCGGCGCCACCGACGCGGAGCGGUGGCGGUGGCGUCAAGGCCGGGUCGCCGUCCUCGCCGCCCGGGAUGCAGCGGCACGGCGAGGCCGCGACGGCGGUGGGAAUGGAGGCCAUCGACGAGCGGGACGGAUGGGGGGCGACGAAGCCGACGCGGGGCUCGGACGGCCCCGAUCGGGGUCAGGAGUCAUUCGUGCCGUCGCCGCCCAGCGCGGCGGGGGUGGCGGUGGAGAGCCUGGCUCAGGAGUGCGCUGGCGCCGAGUUGGUGCCCGGGGAGACGGAGGCGGAGCAGCAGCAGCAACAGAUUUACGACGACGAUACCCAGGAGACACUGGUCCGGCUCGAGAAGGGCAAGAGGGGCCUGAAGAGGAGCCGGGCGGAUAGCGUUGGGGACCGGGAGAACGACCCGCCCCGGCACGGCGCCAAGAUGGCGCGAUAUUCUAAUACCCCGGCCGAGGAGAUAGACUGGGAUGGAGUCUCUGGCAGAGGUGGCGUCCCAUGA